AUGGACUCAACAGCUGAAGGCGCCUACAGUGCCUCAUCGGCAUCUCCCGCCCAGCAACAAUCCCGGCAUCGUGAGGAGCUUCACAUGUCGGAUCGGUUGCACAUGUCGCCACAAGAUUACGCUCCGCGCAUCAAGGUCGAGCAAGCUCACCCGUCCGCGACAGCGGCCAGCGUCGCCCGCACGCAUCCACUUCCGCAUACCCACGCCCACUACCAGCCAAGCAGCGCUGUACCCAACAUCCUCCAGCCUGGCGGCCUGACAGCGAGACCUCCGGCCAUAUCUGCAAACACAGCGCCGGCUGUUCCCACCGCCCAGCCAGACGAACGAGAGCAUUCGCGACCAUCCUUCAGCAUGUCGCAUUCCUACUCUCGAUCUAGCCCCUCGGGCGCCUACGACUCCGCGAGCGCUUACCAGCCGUACACUCCGACGACGCCAGGUGGCUCGGCGUCCAUGGCCUCGCAAUUUAUGUCGCCCUCCGAUGUCAGCUCCAAAUAUGGCUCAUCGAGCGGCACGAGGCAAUUUUCAAACACCCCUCUUGGCCUGGCCGACAUUCGACCACGGGCUGACUCGAGCAUGUCGGAUGGCGCCCCGGGAACACUGGGUUACGAUCUUGCGCACGCGCAGGCUGGGACGAGCAACUAUAUGGCUCCGUGGCCCAUUUAUGCAUUCGACUGGUGCAAAUGGCGACCACAGGGGAACAGCGCGGGCAAGCUGGCGGUGGGCAGUUACCUGGAAGAUGGUCACAAUUUCAUUCAGAUCCUCGAUAGCCAUGCCACGACAACCCCACAAGAUGUAUACGCCCCAGGAAACUCCAAGUACACUCUCGAAUUCAACAAAAUCGCAGAGGCGACGCACUCUUACCCGGUCACAAGGCUGUUGUGGGAGCCGCCCUCGUCGCAGAAACAGUCGACAGACCUAUUAGCAACAUCGGGGGACCAUCUCCGGCUGUGGUCGUUGCCCUCAGAGACACCUUCUACUCCGGGGAGCAACAUCGGCCGGAGAGGACAAGAUGGCCCAGCUACGAAACUGACACCCCUGGCACUGCUCUCCAAUUCGAAGACCCCCGAUCACACUGCGCCAUUGACGUCUCUCGAUUGGAACACCAUGAACCCAGCUCUCAUCAUUACGUCUAGCAUUGACACUACCUGCACUAUCUGGGAUAUUCCGUCCUUGACAGCGAAAACCCAACUCAUUGCCCACGACAAGGAGGUGUACGACGUCCGUUUCUGCGCGAAUACGGUGGAUGUUUUCGUCAGCUGUGGUCAGGAUGGCAGUGUGCGCAUGUUCGACUUGCGAAGCCUUGAACACUCGACCAUCAUUUAUGAGCCGACAGGCAAGGACGACAGAGCCCAACGUCUGCUCAGCAGUCAGGCUCCAACCCGCCCCCUCUGCUACGUCUUGCAACGUCUCCCCAUGAUACCCACCUCCUUGCCACCUUUGCUCAAGACUCAAACACCAUCCGCAUACUCGACGCCCGACAACCUGGCCAGGCGCUGCUUGAGCUGCGCGGCCACGGCGGUGCGGUCAACAGUCUGGACUGGUCACCACUGCGACGAGGUCUUCUUGCGUCCGGAGGAGAUGAUUGCCAAGUUCUACUUUGGGAUCUAUUGA